GGUUGUGUGCCUAGUGACACGCCCUUCCAGGCCUCGCUCUGGCGGUGACGCGCUAUGUGGGCGGGGCUUAUAUCUGCGCCUUCAGUAAUUACAGGAAAGUGUAGUGAAGUUAGUUGUCCGCUACAUGUGGGAUGUUUUAGGCGAUUUCUUACGGAACGGAAGGAAGCAAGGACCUAAAGUAAGCGAUGCAUGUCAGCGAAGCCUGAGAUAAAUCAUAUCUGGUGUGAAGAAACAGCUGCUCUUGUGUCUGAAGCUUGAGUGACAUGCCAGAGAAGUCUCAUCACUGUCAUCAUCAGGUCUCAAUGGGUGAAGAAUCUCCUCGCUUGUCCACGGACUCUUCCUUGAGUGGCCAUGACCCUAUCCUGGCUGACUACUACUCGCUGUCCAUCGAACACUCUGAUAAUGAGCGGCCAGUGAGCACCGUGUCCACUAUCUCAUCAGGCUCCUCUGGAGAGGGCCAGAGCAGCCUGUUCAGUGCGUCCCACUGUCCCCAGUCUUUGCCCUCCCUACCGACUGAAACUGACAUCAACCUGGAGCUUAGCCCUCCUGAGGAACCUAAUGAACAUCCAGCCCCACUGAGGCCUGCAAGCAAGAGACCAAGGCCAGACCCUGUUGCGGGCCAGUUUAACAACAACGCAAGCACUGCUGGAGCCAUUACACUGCCACCAAGCCUGGACGGACCUUCGCCUGUCGCCACUGUAGUGAUGGCACCUAAUUCUCAACUAACCUAUGUGGACCGAGUGGUCAUGGAGAUUAUUGAAACAGAAAGGAUGUAUGUAAGGGACUUGCGCAGUAUUGUAGAGGACUAUCUGGCUCACAUUAUAGACACCAGAGAUUUACCCAUUAAGCCUGAGCAAGUUUGUUCCCUGUUUGGCAACAUCGAAAUCAUCUAUGAAUUCAACAGCGAGUUAUUGCAGGCUCUAGAAAUGUGUGACAGUGACCCAGUGGCCAUUGCUUGUUGCUUUGUGGAUAAGAGUGAAUAUUUUGACAUCUACACUCAGUACUGCACAAACUAUCCAAACUCCGUGGCUACACUUACAGAGUGCAUGAGGAACAAGACGCUGGCCAAGUUCUUCUGGGAUCGUCAGGCGACUCUCCAGCACUCCCUCCCUUUAGGUGCCUACCUGCUGAAGCCUGUGCAGAGGAUUUUGAAAUAUCACCUCCUAUUACAGGAAAUUGCUAAACAUUUUGACCCUGAGGAAGAGGGGUUUGAUGUAGUCGAAGAGGCCAUAGUCACCAUGACAGGAGUGGCCUGGUACAUCAAUGACAUGAAGAGGAAGCACGAGCAUGCUGUGAGACUGCAGGAGAUUCAAUCCCUCCUCAUCAACUGGAAAGGGCCUGACCUCACUACAUACGGUGAGCUCGUCCUCGAGGGAACCUUCCACGUCCACCGUGCAAAGAAUGAAAGAACGCUGUUCCUCUUUGACAAAAUGCUCCUCAUCACCAAGAAGAGAGGAGAGCAUUAUGUCUACAAGACCCAUAUAAUGUGUUCCACUUUAAUGCUGAUUGAAAGUGCCAAAGACUCUCUUCGCUUCAGUGUGACUCACUACAAGCAUCCUAAACAACCUCACACAGUACAGGCCAAAACUGAAGAGGAGAAAAAACUGUGGGCUCAUCACAUAAAGCGACUGAUUCUGGAGAACCAUCAUGCCAUCAUACCGCAGAAAGCCAAAGAUGCCAUUCUGGACAUGAGAUCUGCCGGCCCAGUGAAAUAUCGCUAUAGUCCUGAAAAACAAAACAAGAGUGAGGACCUUCUAAUAGGAGGACGUAAAGAACGAAGACGAUCAGAGCCAUUUAACAGAGUUAAACAGAAUAUGAGAACUACAAAAGAAACUCUUAAGGUAAGCCUUCACACACUCAAACCCCAGAGCAUGCACCAGCAGCCUUUUUUGCACUCCUGUAACUGUGUCUUUAUACUCCAGCAUGCUGACAGCAUGGAUGCUCUGCUGUCGGACAGCAGCCAGAAUUCCCUGCAGGCUACAGCUAGCACCUCCACCUUGAGGUCCAGUGUGGAGGAAGUGGAGACCGAGAGACCCAUCACUGAGGAACGCACGAGCGAAUGGCUUUCCUUGGACUGGCUGAGCGUGAACGGUGAAAUGGCAUUCCGUAGACAAAAAGAGGAGGAGAAGGAGGGAGCGCUGGAGAAAGUGCGGAUGCGGAGUGGAGAAGAUGAAGAGAUUCUGGUGAAAGACGAGCAGGUAGCUGACUUUGCCACCUCAGUGUUGGCCGCCAUCUCCUGCUGGCGCUAUAAGGCCAGGGCUUUGCUUUUCACACGGGUCCUAACGAAUAGAGAUGGGGAACAGGCUAUGGAGGAGAAUGAAUUAGUGGAACCUAUGAGAGGCCGACCCCCCUCUGAAGAGGACCAGGGUGAGAAUUCCACUGUAUGUGAACAGGACUCUUCUGAGGAUCAUUGUUCACAGGCCAUUUCUCUGCCUGGAGAAGAAGCAAGACAACAGCAGUCACACAUUAUCCCUCAGGAUGAAGGCAGAGAUGUUCAUGGGAUUGUGGUGGGUAGUGUGGAGUCACUGUCCCCAGUCCACGAUGAGAUCCAACUAGAGGACGAGAGCACUCAAUCCAGAACAAAUUUUUCAGAGGAUGUUGAGGACCUGGGGGAGGAGGGAGAGGAAGAAGAUGAAGAAGAAGAAGAGGAAGAAAUGUCAUCAGGAACUGAACCUAGGAGCAUCUUGCCAACAUCUGUACUAGACAAAGCCAGUGUUAUUGCUGAACACUUUACUGGCAGCCUCUCUCGGCAAAGCAGUAUAGCAGCUGACGACAUGUUCUCUCUAGGUUGCCCUUCAUCUCAGACAGGUAGUAGGAGAAGUAGCGUGUUCAGCCUUAAUGCUGACCUGCUAGACAAAGAGAAUGUUCAAGAGCUGAACUAUUCCUCCCCUGAGCCAGUUACUUUAAAACAUGUACCUGAAUCUUUAGCCUCAGCAACUCUUGGAGACAGGCUGGUCACACCAGACCAAAGACCACAAACAAAACCAGAUACUCUCUCCAAAAAGGACAGAAUGCUUAUCCAUAAGAUCAAGCAAUACUACGAGCAUGCCGAGCAACAGGAUGCCAAUUUCAGCAUCAAACGCAGGGAAAGCCUCUCUUACAUUCCUCCAGGGCUAGUCCGCAAUCUCAGCCGACAACUCGACAGCCUUCCUACUGAAGAAGCUGCGGCAAGUCACAAGAAGGCCUCAAAAAGUACAAGGCCAACUUCUUGGGCAGUUUUUGAUCUUCCAGGGUUGGAGAAAGAGAAUUCCAAGGAGGUCAUGGACACAGAGCUUCUGACUAUUAGAGACAGAAAUGAAGCUAUGGAUAGGUCUCAGGUAGUUCCCCAGGCACUUGAUAAGGAUGAGGAUUUCCACUCCUCCUCUGAGAUGAUGAGGGUUUGGCAAGACAUGGAGGUUGAAAUCAGUGGCGCUUCUAAGGAUCCUCAAGAUGUUUCUAAAGAUAAAAUGAAUGGCACAGUCGCCAGUCCUACCCAGGAUCAAAAGGGACAGGAGAGUUCUUAUAGUGACCUUGGUGAACCCCUGCUAAUAUUGGAAGAAUCUGACAACAGCAUGGUUGGACAAGGGACAUCAACACCUUCACCACUUAACAACAUCCAAGGCAAAGAGUAUGAACUGGAGAGCCGCAAAUACAGUGAUCAGAAGCUCCAAGAGACACAGAAGAUCAGACCUGCUCCUCUACCCAAGAUUGUCAUCCUGAGGUCAAGCUCAGAAGAUGACUUAAUGCUAAAAGAUAUUGAGAAGAUGAAGAACAAAGUGUUAACGCUAGCUAGGCAAUACAGCCAGCGUAUUAAGGACAACAAGCCUGUAGUGAGACAAAGAGUGGUGGCUAAGUUGGCAGAGAGCGAUUUCAGCCACAAAAAGCUGUCAUCUGUUGUGGAAGACAAAUCUCCAGAGAAUGAGAUGGGUAUGCGGAGCCAGGCACUAUCACUUGGUUCAAGUGAGCACACAGACUCCAGUUCAUCACUGAGCCCCAGCUCCCUGGGCAGUCCUCAACUGCAGUCCGCUAGCAGACCACCUGCUCUGGAUGCACAAAGUCCAGUCUACACUGAGAGCUUUAAUUGGCCAGAUGUAAGAGAGCUGCGUUCCAAAUACUCCCGCCCGAAUCCUCAGUCACUCUCAAUUAAUCGCAGUUGCUCUGUCCCAGACCGAAUACUUGAGGUUGGACAUAAUAAUCCAACAGCUUGUCGAAGUUGCUCCUGCUCCAGCCCAGUUUGUGACCGUAUGGACCCCCACACAACACCAGCUAAAGACACUACCACUACCCAGUCCACGGAUAAGGGACCUGCAGGACAGGGUGUGGUUAAACUGUGCAGAAGCAGUUCUUUGGAACAUAUGGUGGGACCGCUUCAUUUAAAACAGCAAACGGACUGUACAGACAUCCCAAGGAGCUAUUACUUAUCUGGCCAGGCCACCUUGCCCAAUGAAAACAAGAUCAUUAUAGUGGAAAGGAUUAUUAAGACAGAAAAUUGUCCAGCAGCAGAAGAGAAGAAAGAGGAGCUUCAUGAAGACCAACUAAGGUGUCUGGACAGUGAUGAAACGUGUAUACUGAGGUCAUUUGAAAAAACAGAGAACAGCCGACACAGUUUAGUCAAAAACCUGCGCGAGAAAUUCCAAAACCUUAGUUCAUACACGUAAAUGUUCUUGUAAGCUGCGUUCAGACUUUCUACUAUCGUACAUUACUGCACACAGAGGCCCAGUGUUUUUCUACAAAGAUAUCUAAGCAUAAAGUCUUAUGGGGUUGUGCCAAUAUGCCACCCCUUUUGUGGUCCUUAUGUAGAUUGUAUGUUAAGAAUGGAGUGCUCAGGCCUUUAACUGAGUACAUUUAUGAUUAAGCUGUAUUAAUUAAAUUAAAUGGUAAAAGGACAUGUGUAAACUCAGACCUCACCUUGAAAUAUUUAUGAAAUUGACAUUUUGAUGUGUAUAUUAGCAUUUUUGCAAGUUUAUAGAUGUACAAAAGCUUUUGGUUACUGCCUACAUAACGUGACACUGAUAAGCUUACUCAGGAUAAAUUUACCUCUGACCUGUAUCAUCAUCACUAUCAUUUUAUUUUUUUAAUGUACUAUGUAUCUGUUCUCUGAAUUGUCCAGUAGCUAUAUCUCCACAGCAAUCAAGUAUAUAAUUGGGACUAUGGCCAAUUAUAUGGCUUAUGGGUAUGGAUGAUAGCUUGUAAUAGUGGACAAAUGCUGUAGAAUUUAGCUUGCUAUGUGUAUUUUCAUAAAGCUGUCACUUCCCGGUAAAAAUAAGUCAGCAAAGGGAUGGUUCCAAUUAAACAUUAGUGGACAGAAUGCACUUUGAUCCCAGACACACAUUUGUUUGUUUGUUUCGAUCUAAAACAUUCCUGUGAUAAAAUCUUCUGUAAUUUUGUGUAUAAUCUUUAUAAUUUAUUUAAAAUUUGCAUUCGGUGUGAAUGGGCAAUUUUCAUUUUGUAUUAAUUUUACAGUUGCUCAUUACAGGGGCAUUAAAUUACAUUACAUUCAGUGGUGCUUUAGAAAAUGCAACGUACAGUGAUCAUUCUCAUCUUGCACAUAGAUAUAUUACAUGAAUUUUUAUUAUGUGUUAAAUAAAUAGACAUGUAUGUAAGAAAAGAAUACAGUAAUACAGAAGAUGCUUAAGUAUUGCUCAUUUUGCUGGUACUGGGUAAACUCUCUGUUACACAGAUACACAACUCUGGCUGAUUCUAAGGUAAGUCUCUGAACAAGAGCAUCUCCCAUUUUCCCAGUAAAUAAUGGGGGGGAGGCAAUAGAAUGAAUGUUCAUUAAUAGGUCAGAUGAACAGAAAAAGAUCAUGUAUAAAGAAGAGCAGAACACUGCUCGGUUACAGAUGAGGAUGGUAGCACUGUGGGAAAACAUGGUUUGAGAAAUUUCAGAGGCUCUGUGGAAAAUAAAAACGUUGGUGCCAUCAGAGCGAAAGACGUCACCCAUGAAGGAACCCCAGGUUAGUUUUGUACUACAUGUACUAUAUAGCUAAAAGUAUGUACACACCUUGAACAAUCACACACAUGUACUUGUUGAACAUCCCAUUCAAGAUUUAGUCUGUCCUUAGUUGUUCUAUUUACCUCCACUUUUCUGGGAAGACGUUCCACUAUAUUUUGGAAUGUGGAUGCGGGGAUUUUUUGCUCAUUCAGCCACAAGAGCAUUAGUGAGGUCAGGCACUGAUGUUGGGUAAGGAGUCCUGUGCCUUGUGUGCAGGCCACUCAAGUUCUUCCACACCAACCUUGGCAAACCAUGUCUUAAUUGCUUUGUGCAUGUUGGAACAGGUUUGGACCUCUUAAUUCCAGUGAAGAAAAAUUGUAAUGGUACAACAUACAUUCUAGAAAAUCUGUGCUUGUAACCUUGUGAGAACAGUUUGAGGAAGACCCCUUGUGACGGUUAGGUGUCCACAUACUUUUGGCCAUAUAGUGUGUUACGAAAUGGCUAACCAGUGUAAGCUAAAGAGAAUGGAUCAAAGAGCUGUAUUGCUAUGUGACUUUUUAUUCACUCCUGGAUUAUUGCAAUGCUCUUUGUUUUGGUAGGUAAGCCAACAAAAAAGUGUUGUUGUUUUUUUUUUUGUUUGUUUUGUUUUGUUUUCACUUUUUUUUUUUUUUUGCAUAUUUUGUUCAUAUGUAAAAGUGGUACAUAUUUUAAAAUAUAUUAGACAUUAUUAAAACCAGAAUAUUUACAGACCAAUCGAAUUCAAGGCCAUCCUACACCAAUUAAAGGACUUGGCUGUAAUGUGCCAGUGAAGCGGUCUCGUUAUGUGGUCCAACGAUGUCAUGACUUUUGUACGUGCAGAUCAGCGAUACCUCAGGAGAAGAUGGUGGAGGGUUAGGAUGAGCACCGUGACUGGGUUUUUUAGGUCUUAGGUCCCCUUUGUGGAUAAUUUUUUAAAAAAGUUUGUGAACCGAAACACUGGUUAAAUAUAACCUCAAUCAUUGUCAAGUCUGGGUAUAUAUGAUGCAGCUUCAUAUAGGGAUCAAUUAGAACAUUUAUUUUAUCUGAAAUUGCAGUAAUUAGUAUUCUAUAAUGGAUGCAGACAAAUUAAGAAGGUAGGACGCAUAAGAAUUGGAUUAUCAUUGUCAACAAUGUUUACACCCCACUGCACUACCACGUGGCACUCAUACAGUAGAUGUAAAUCAAUGACGAUGUUUGCACUGCACUACCACUUUAAUUCCACUCAAGUCUGCUGCUUGUAUCUACAUUGUAAAAAGUGAUAUAAUGAACAGGGAUAUACAACCCCCGAAAAUGCAUUCAUCUAUUAGGCAUUUAUUCAGCUGUGCAACUGUAUGGUGCCUUCGUUGCCUUAUUUUUCUCUUCAUAAUGUGCCCACAUAUUCUCAAUCGGAGACGGAUCAGGACUGCAGGCAGGCCAUGCUAGCACCCGUACUCUCUGUUUGCGCUUGUAAUCUGGCCAGAUUGUGGUUUGACGUUGUCCUGCUCUGGAUGGCAGCAUCUGUUGGUCCAAAAUGUGUACAUAUCUUUCUGCAUUAAUGAUGUCCUCACAGAUGUGCAAGUUACCCAUGCCAUGACAGGUGCUGGCUUUUGGACCUGAUGCUGAUAACAGCUUGGAUGGUCCUUUUCCUCUUUGGCCCAGAGAGUGCGACGGCAGUUUUUUCCAAAAACUAUUUGAAAUGUUGACUCGGACCACAAAACACAACUUCACUGUGCUACAGUCCAUCUCAGAUGAGACCAAGUCCAGAGAAAUUGGCGGCACUUCUGGACAGUGUUGAUGUAUGGCUUCUGCUUAGCAUAGUAAAGCCUUAACGUGCAUCUGUGGAUACAGCGGCGAAUGGGAAUACAUUGGUAAACCUUUGUCAGUCAUGUCUGAGGGAUUAGACAUCACGCGCAUUCAGAAGUGGUUUUCAGCCUUGCCCUUUAUGCACCGAGAUUUGACCAGAUUCCUUGAAUCUUUUAAUUAUAUUGUGCACUGUAUAAGGUGAAAUUCCCCAAAGACAAAUCGGUAGGAUUUUGGCCAUGUUGUUCUCAAAGUGUUGGAUUAUUCACUGACUCAUCUGUUGGCAGAUUGGCGAGCCUUGACCCAUCGUUGCUCUUGAAGGUCUAAGUCUUUUUUGGAGGCUCCUUAUAUACUAUGAUUAGACAAUUACCUCACCUGUUUCACAUCACCUUCUUAUUUCAACUUGUCACAUCGCUAUUAGUCGUAAAUUGCCCCUGUCACAACUUUUUUGUAACGUGUUAUAUGCAUCCAUUUCAAAACAAACGUUUACCUUAAAAAAAAAACUAUUCAGUUGAGUAGGUAAAACAUCAAAUACCUUGUCUUUAUACAUUUUUUGUUUAAAUACCAGUCAAAGUACAUUUACAAAUCACUCCUCUUUGUUGUUGUUAGCAUUUUCCAUAAUGUCCCAACUUUUUUGGAAUUGGGGUUGUACAAUAGAAGUAAUCAUUUUUCCCUUUUCUUUCCUUGUAUCAUAUUUACUUUAUACAGUAAAGUAACAGUGCAUAUGGAUAUGAAUAGUGGAUGGGGAAAAAAUUUAACUAUUGUAGAAUGAGCUUAUCCUAAGACUGGCUCAGUGCAAAAUUGUGUCCCGGCACAGUGAUGAGCUGUUGUAAAGUGUGAUCGCUGUUGGUACAAAAGACCUCUUGUACCGCUCCUUUCUACAGCAGAGCUGAAUGAGUCUUCUAUUAAAGAAGCUCCACUGUUUAAACAGGAACCCCUCCAUGACCUACUGGUUAUUGUCCAGAAUAGCUGAGAUUUUUAGUGUCCACCUUUCCAUCACCACCUCAAAACCAUCCAGAGAUCAGCCCAAGUCUGAGCUAGCUUCCUUGAUAAGUUUGUUGUGUUGUUUUUUUGUUUAUUUUUGCAUCUCCAGCUCUGAUGCCACCUUCCCAGCAUACUGCUGCACAGAAGACUGCACCGGCUACCACAGACUGGUAGAAGAUAUCUACUUUCUGAGGAAGCUAAGGUCCUUUCACAUUUAAGGAAAGGGAUCAGCAGACUCUAACACUUUGUUGCAAACAUUGAAGUCAAAGCCAUGAAUGUUUAAUAAUAGCCAAGGGAAGGCAUGUAGUCUAUAAAACUGCCCUGUGGGACACUUUGAAUACCAUAAGCAAAUACAAAUCCACUUCUUCUGCUUCUGUGAAUGAAACAUUUAGCUCCUGCUGGUUUACCAUCUUUCUGACAGGAAUUAGAGUUGGAUAAUAGGUAAGGUUCGCCAUAAUCAGUAUUCAAUUCAGCACUCAGCUGAAUAAGCAUGACUUAUAUCAAUGGGAAUAUACGUCAAAUAUAUUUUUCUCAUAUGAAUUCAUGGGGUGCCAAUAAUUGUUGCACAGCUCUAUUUAACUAUUUAUUUAUUUUUUUGAUAUUGUCUUGAUUACUCAAUAAAGAAAUUGAUUAAAGAAA